UUACCACUUAAAUGACCUUACUUUUCACAAGAAAUCUGCCUUCUUUUUGCUAGUGGAGAAAAAGCCUGGGAAAAUAAGAAUAGACAAAAGAGAAAAGCUGGCAAAGAAAGCGUAGCAUUUUUCAUGGAGUUCUUCCCACGAGCUUUGUGAAGUCAAUGGACAAUGGUCAAAUCUUUGGCAUUUUCUGAUCUGUGGAAUAUUUUCUAGGUACUUAUUUGAGCUUCACCUCUCAAAUCUUUAAAUCUCUGUUCUCCUAUUUCACUCUGCCAAAGUUGCAAUCUUUUACCCUGUUAAAGCCCCUAAGUUCUUGAUAUUGUGCUAACUUGUUGAGGAAUUGAAUUACCCAAAGUUCAAUCUUGUUAAGGCUUCAAUCUUUUGUUCUGUUAAACCCCAGGUUCUUCUUCUGGUAACUUGUUGAGGAAUUGCAAGUCCCCAAAAUUCAAUCUUGUCAAAGUUGCAACCUUUUACUCUUUAAACCUGAAGUUCUUGAUUUAUUGUAACUUGUUGAGGAAUUGAAGUACCCAGAGUUCAAUCUUGUUAAAGUUGCAAUCUUUUGUUCUGUUAAGCCCCAAGUUGUUGAUUUCUAAGUACCCAAAAUUCAGUCUUGUUGAAGAAACUGUAGAAAUGGGUGGUUGUUUUAGCAAGAAGUAUGCCCAACAAGAUGCUAAUGGGUAUAGGGCAGGAAGAAGAAGUGUUAAUCAAGAAUAUCAGAAAUCACCAUCCCCCCAGCCUGAAAGGCCAUAUCAGCCACAAUCCCGGCCAGAAAGGCCAUAUCAGCCACCUCCACCGCCAAAGCCACAACCUCAGCCCCAGCAACAGGCCCACCCUGUUCCUGUUACUGUGCAGCCUGGACAGCCGCAAGACCAAAUGCAAGGACCCCAUUUGAAUAACAUAUUGGGAAAGCCUUUUGAGGAUAUUCGAAAGCUCUAUACACUUGGGAAAGAAUUGGGUAGGGGUCAGUUUGGAGUGACUUACUAUUGUACCGAGAAUUCAACUGGGAACCCUUAUGCUUGUAAGUCCAUACUUAAGAGAAAGCUUGUGAGUAAGAAUGAUAGGGAGGAUAUGAAGAGGGAAAUUCAGAUUAUGCAGCAUUUGAGUGGGCAGCCAAACAUUGUGGAGUUCAAGGGUGCUUAUGAAGAUAGGCAGUCAGUGCACCUUGUGAUGGAACUUUGUGCUGGAGGAGAGUUGUUUGACAGGAUUAUCGCCCGCGGAUAUUACUCAGAGAAGGAUGCUGCUGAGAUUAUUAGACAGAUUGUAAAUGUUGUUAACAUUUGCCAUUUCAUGGGUGUUAUGCAUAGGGAUCUCAAGCCAGAGAAUUUCUUGCUGACUAGUAAGGAUGAAAAUGCUAAGCUGAAGGCAACUGAUUUUGGACUUUCUGUCUUCAUUGAAGAAGGGAAGGUGUACCGUGAUAUAGUUGGUAGUGCAUAUUAUGUUGCUCCCGAAGUUUUGCGGCGUAGUUAUGGGAAGGAAGUAGAUGUAUGGAGUGCAGGUGUUAUUUUGUAUAUUCUACUCAGUGGUGUGCCACCAUUUUGGGCUGAAACUGAAAAGGGAAUAUUUAAUGCCAUACUAAAAGGAGAAAUUGACUUUCAAAGUGAUCCAUGGCCAUCCAUAUCAAAUAGUGCCAAGGACCUUAUUCGGAAAAUGCUAACACAGGAGCCAAGGAAGAGAAUUACUUCAGCGCAAGUCCUUGAACAUCCAUGGCUUCGACUUGGAGAAGCAUCAGACAAGCCAAUAGACAGUGCAGUCCUGUCCAGAAUGAAGCAGUUCAGAGCAAUGAACAAGCUCAAAAAACUUGCAUUGAAGGUCAUUGCGGAGAAUUUAUCUGAAGAAGAAAUCAAGGGUCUGAAAGCUAUGUUUGACAACAUUGAUACGGACAAUAGUGGCACAAUCACUUAUGAAGAGCUGAAGUCGGGAUUGGCUCGACUUGGAUCAAAGCUAACAGAGACUGAAGUCAAGCAACUCAUGGAAGCUGCUGAUGUGGAUGGAAACGGAACAAUCGAUUACAUUGAGUUUAUUACCGCAACAAUGCAUAGACAUCGACUUGAAAGGGAUGAGCAUCUCUUUAAAGCUUUUCAGCAUUUUGACAAGGACCACAGUGGAUUCAUCACGAGAGACGAAUUGGAAAAUGCUAUGAAGGAAUAUGGUAUGGGUGAUGAGGCCACCAUCAAGGAAAUAAUUGCAGAGGUGGACACUGACAAUGACGGUAGGAUCAACUACGAGGAGUUCUGUGCUAUGAUGAGAAGUGGAACAACACAACCACAGCAAAAGCUUUUCUAGUGCAUCGAGAGCAAAAUACCCUUGCAACGAUCAGAGAACCUUCACCAGCCAGCACGAUAGAGAGGUAUCUAUCACGAGAGGAUCAGUGAAAUGAUCGCACUUUGGUAUUUCUUCAAUCCUUCAGCUAUCUUCAGAAAACACUGGAGUACAUGAGACAUUUUCGUGUAGGUUGAGUUCGCUCGGAGAAUGUGUGCAUAGCUAGUUAAUGGUAUAUUUUGACUUUCCUGUAACGUAUUCGAUCCACUUGUAAUUUUGUGCGGAUCGCGUUGUCACGUUAACCCCGUCUAUAGAUUAUAGCAAGACGAUGAUGUUAUUGAAGUUCUUUAGAUGUUUAAUAGACUGAUGUCUAUGGGAGGCAUUUGGAAGUUUUUCAUGUUUGCUUAUGCUAACUAACAAGUUAGAAAUUGACCUAUCUUGCUCAGACUCUGAAAAUGUGGGUGGUUGUGUGUCGAAUUUUUCAAAAGUAAAUAUCGAUGGUUGCGUA